AUGUCAGAAACCGUACCAACCACCACAAUAAAUAUAGAUUCGUCAAAUAAUAUUAUUGAACCACCAAAAGAUAUUAAAGAAACAAUAGAUAAAACAAUAACAUAUGUUAUAAAAAAUGGAAAAAGUUUUGAAGAAAGAUUACUCAAGAAUGAUAGUUCAAAAAAUGGAAAUAAUCAAUUCACUUUUUUGAAGAAGGAAUCACCUUAUCAUUUAUAUUAUUUAAAUAAAUUAAAAUUAGCAUCUGAAUCAAAGGGAGAUGAAUCGUCUAAUCUGAAUGAAGUAAAAAAUGUAGAGGAAGAAGAUGAAGAAAUCUCUAAACCUGAUGAAUUAAAAUUUUUAAUUGAUAAAUUUCCUGAAAAUUUAACAACAAAAGAUUUAAAAAUUAUAAAAAUAACAGCAUUAUAUUUAUCAAUUAAUAGUAAACCAGAAAGUCAAGAUACGCAGAUUAAGAAUUUAUUAAAUCAUGAAAAUAAGCAAAAUAAAUCAGCACAAUUUGAAUUUUUAAAAUCUUCUCAUUCAUUAAAUCCCAUAUUCAAAAUUUAUUUAAAUCAAUAUAGAUUAGUUAAUGAAAUGUUUAAAAAUAAAGAGUCAUCAGAAGAGUAUCAAAAUUUUCAGAAAAAGGUCCAAUCACAACAAGAUAAUAAAUUUAAUUUAUUAAUUCAAUCAUUAAAUCGUUCAAUUUAUUUAAAACAACACCACCAGAAACAUAAAAAUGAUGAAAAAUUAAAACAGCAAAAAUUAAUUCAAUUUGCUUCAAUAAAUUGGCAAGACUUCACUGUAUUAUCAUGUGUAAAUUUUAAUAAAAUUGAUGAUGUUAAAGAAUUAAAUUUACCUAUAGAUAGAGAUUCAUUAAUUAAAAGAUCAUUAACUUCAAAAACUCAUGAUUUAAAAUUAAAAACUGCAACUGCAAAACCUAAAGUUCAAUCUGAAUCUGAGAAAACAGAUACUAAAGAAAAUAAGGACAAAAAGGAUGCAGACUCAGGAAAAGAAGAAUCAUUAGAACCAGCAGAAGUAUCAAAACCAAUUCCUAAGGCAAUGAAAGGUAUGAAAAUAAAAGCAGCAGGUUCAACAAGAUUAAAAAAACAAAAAAAUUCAUCAUCAAAUUUUUCAAUAACAUCAACAUCUCAACCUUCAAAAUCUUCUACCACAGAUAAAAUUAAAUGUCCAAUAACAGGAAAAUUAAUCCCCCAAAAUGAAUUUGAUAAACAUUUAAAAACAAUAUUAAGAGAUCCUUCAUACAAAAAACAACAAGAAAAUUAUUUAAAAAAAAAUUUUAGUUAUGAAUCUAAUAUUUCUACUGAUAAAGUUUUUGAAAAUAUUAAAAGAUUAAUUAAAAAGAGGAAUUUUGAUGAUUUAGAUGAUAAUUCUGAGUAA